CCGAUUGAUUGUGUGCGGUGGUCCGGGUAAGCUAGCUUGCUGUCAGUCAGUUGACUUCCUGGCUGCUAGCAUAAGAAAACGCUCCAUUAAUUUGAAAUUAAACGCCUGUGGUUGCUCUUGAAGGUGUCACUCCUGCUUUGGCGUCUGCUGUUAUAUUGCCAACAAACAGCAUCCCAGGCUGCACAAAGAAGAGGUUUGCAGGCGGAUUUGAAUUUAAACUUCAUAUAUAAUGGCGCUAGGUCCACCUACUUAAAGGCGCUUUAAUAUCCGGUUUGCCCCUGACCCAGAAAUAAACAUAAGUGUCAAACCGGUUUGUGUCAAAGUGGAGACUUGACUCAUUGUGAAGCUCUCCUUGAACAUUUUGUGUUGUUUCUAUGACAAACACACACGGUUGACUAAAGGUAGUGACAGUGUCAUUUUGUAAACACUGAAGCUGCUGCUUCCCUGCUUGGACUUUGUUUGCCCCCCAAAAAAAUACUUCAAAAUGAGUGCAGAUUGGGGGGAGAAAUCCACAGCAGACCUCAUGAGCAGGUAUGUCUCCAAGGAAGAAGGUCACAGAGUGCCCACGGCAGGAUGGCGCAUCUGUUUGGCCCAUGAGUUCAAGGAGAAGAGGAAGCCUUUCCAAGCCAAGGAUGUGUCGCUGAGUAAUCUUGUGGAGCACUAUGGACUUGGAAUCAGGUAUUUAAAAUGGUGGUACAAGAAGACACAGGUGGAAAGGAAGGCGCCAUUCAUCGAUAUGUUUCAUGCCCAACCAUUGCGGCAAAUAUACGGGGCUCCGCUUGGAGGUAUUGGAGGAGGUACCAUCACCAGAGGAUGGAGGGGGGAGUUCUGCAGGUGGCAGCUGACCCCUGGGAUGUACCACUACAAAACUGUCACCGCCAAUCAGUUCACAGUGUGUUUACGCCGCGGGGGCCAAACAGUUUACCAGCAGGUGCUCUCCAUCGAGCGCCCUCCGACGCUGCAGGGCUGGAACUGGGGCUACUGCGGCGAGUACGCCUUCUAUCACGCCUUGUACCCACGCGCCUGGACUGUCUAUCACCUCCCUGGGCAAAAUGUCACGCUCACCUGCAGACAGGUUUCCCCCGUCAUUCCUCAUGACUACAAGGACUCCAGCCUGCCAGUGGCGGUGUUUGUUUGGGACGUGGAGAACAAGAACGACUACGCCCUGGAUGUCACCAUUAUGUUUACCAUGGUCAAUGGGUCCGGACACAAGGAUGACAAAGGCGGGGGCCACUGGAAUGAACCAUUUCAUCUUGAAAAGGAGGGGGAGGCAGUGUCUGGUGUCUUGCUACAUCAUUCCACCACUGUGAACCCUUAUACUUUAUGCAUCGCAGCACGGGGGCAGCCUCACAAGGAAAUCAGCCAUCAGACUGCAUUCCGUCCAAAAGGAACCUGCAGCAGCUUGUGGAGUGACCUCAUCACAGAUGGACGCCUGGACUCUCCUACAGGCUCCAGCCCGCCGACUCCCAAAGGAGAGAAGGUGGCAGCAGCAUUGGCUGUUGGCUGCUCCGUGUUGCCUCACAGCCGGAACACCCUGGAGUUCUGCCUGGCGUGGGACAUGCCCAAAAUCACCUUUGGGUCUCGAGAGAGGGAGCACCACAGGAGGUACACCCGUUACUUUGGGAGCAAAGGGGAUGCGUCACCUUCACUCAGCCACUAUGCCCUGACUCACUACACAGAGUGGGAGAACAGCAUUGAGAAGUGGCAAACACCCAUACUGCAAGAUCGUUCUCUCCCCUCCUGGUAUAAGUCAGCCCUCUUUAACGAGCUGUACUUUGUGGCCGACGGUGGGACGGUGUGGACGGAGCUGCAAGAGGACGCCGACAUCAGCGGCGGUGUGCGCAGUGAAGAUGGAGGACUGCCAGCUCAGCCUGCCGUCAUUAAAGAGUACGGCCGCUUUGCCUACUUAGAAGGUCAAGAGUACAGAAUGUACAACACAUACGACGUGCACUUCUACGCUUCUUUUGCACUGAUCAUGCUGUGGCCCAAACUUGCCUUGAGUGUGCAGUAUGACAUUGCUGGCAGUGUGGUCCAGCAGGAUGUCACAGAGAGGUUGCAUCUGAUGAACGGUCAGUACGCUGCUGUCAAGGCUAAAAAUGUGGUGCCUCACGACAUUGGAGACCCAGAUGAUGAACCGUGGCAAAGGGUGAACGCCUACCUCAUUCAUGACACAGCCUACUGGAAGGACUUGAACCUGAAGUUUGUCCUGCAGGUCUACAGGGACUAUCACCUCACCCAGGACAGGGACUAUCUGCAGGACAUGUGGCCCAUCUGCCAGGCAGUCAUGGAGUCAGAGUUGAAGUUCGACCUGGAUGGAGAUGGCCUGAUUGAGAACUCUGGCUUUGCCGACCAGACGUAUGACGGCUGGACGGUAACUGGGCCGAGUGCAUACUGUGGUGGGCUGUGGUUGGCGUCGCUGUGCGUCAUGUGCAAAAUGGCCACACUGGUAAACAGUGAGGAGGCGCACCAACGCUACAGAGACCUCUUGGACAGAGGCAGUGCAUCAUUUGAUAAACUGUUGUGGAACGGCAAGUACUACAACUACGACAGCAGCAGCAGGGACCUUUCGAACAGUGCCAUGUCCGACCAGUGUGCCGGGCACUGGUUCUUAAGAGCAUCCGGGCUCGGAGAGGAAGACUUCCAGGCUUUUCCUAAAGAAAAAAUCCGGACUGCACUCCAAUCUGUUUUUGACUUGAAUGUAAUGAGCUUCGCUGGAGGUCAGAUGGGUGCGGUGAAUGGCAUGCGGCCCGAGGGCGUGCCCGACCGCUCCAGCGUCCAAUCAAAUGAGGUUUGGAUCGGUGUUGUUUACGGACUGGCCGCCACUAUGAUCUAUGAGGGAAUGCUGGAGGAAGGCAUGCGCACAGCAGAGGGUUGCUACCGCACUGUCUGGGAGAGGCUGGGCAUGGCCUUCCAGACACCAGAAGCCUACUGCGAGAAGGCCAUCUAUCGCUCUCUGGCUUACAUGAGGCCACUCAGCGUCUGGGCCAUUCAGCUCGCUCUUGACCAUUCCCGCGAUGAUGGGGACACAUCAGUACCACAGGGGCGGCCAUGAGCAGUGUUAGCGUCAGAAUCAUCUCAUUUUAGGUUUGCUAGAAGAUCAUAGUGUUACUUGAAUUGAGUUUUGUAAUAACAGACUAACAGACCCAAUCACAGCCUCUCCACAUACUGUACAACGUAUGUCUUGAAACACACACACACACAUAUGCAUCUUUAUGUCAAGACUAGAUUGGUAGAAGGCUGCUAUCAUUGGUGCUUGUGAAUGAAGAUUUAUGUCUCGGGUCAGAAACUUGAAGUAAAUUUUGAUAUUUCAUAACUUUUUACAUGUACGUGGGGUAAUAAUAUACAGAAAUAUUUGAAUGCUGUACUAAACCGUAUACAAAGAGUAGUAGUGACGAAUAUUUUUCUGGUUAAUGUGCGGUAUGAACUAUAAUAUAUAAUUUGGUGCCUUGUUGCAUGUUAGCCUAUAUCAAGUUAGCUGCAAACCUGACUAUUUUAUAAACACCUGCACUCAUGACAAUCAUCCUGAAUAAAUCUCUUGCGCAUGCAUCUUAUAUUGUUAGAAUGGAUGACAAUUAGGUGAAUUGACGUUGCCUUUGUAUUACAAGCAGGCAUCCAGCAGAGGGCGACAGAAGAUCAUUCCUCAUUUAAAGUUGCAGGACAGUAUGUACAUUUUGAAAUGUCUGAGGUCACUAUAGACUCAUAUACUAGCAAUAUCUGAUGCAUGCAUACUCUUGUGCUCCAGGAUGCAUUAAAUCAAAACUGAAAGCCCCUUUUCUGUUUGGUGAUAAUAUGAUAGACUUUUCUUGUAAGUCUGCCUGCAGCAUCAGCACCUUGGCUCCAUGGCGAAUGUCAUCUGCCCUUGAUUCAUUGGGAAAUCCUGCCAGCUGGAUGAUCUCCCGUUCAUCGCUAACAAGCCUCUUUGUUUCCUCUUGUCCUCUGUUUUUUCCUUUUUUUUAUUCCUUUAUUCCACAUCCUGUCAUUGUGUUCACUAUGAUGCUUCAGCGGUGCUUUUAAUUACUUUAUUCCAGCCAUGCUGGCUAGUAAGUCUGAAGGUGUUGCUAAGGGUUUAUUCUGCGAAGCGAGUUUAGUGGGUUAGCGAGCUGUGUUGAGUUGAAGGUAGCUGUCUUUUAAAGAAGCUGUAUCACCAAGGUAACUUGGGCUAACCUCAACCUGGUCGGGACCAGGUCAUGUCCAGGCUUUCAGCUUAAAAUCAGCCAUGCAAGUGCCACAGUUUCACUGUUGAAAUAAUUCCGAGAUGGCGUCAGCAUUUAUUGAAAACCUACGAGGUUCCCGAGGGGACUUGGAGGAAAAAAAAAUUGAAAUGAGCAUUCCCUGAUGAUAUUAUCCAUCUAUAAGCGAGAUAGAUUUUCAGAGGAGGGAAUAGGAUAGAUAUGCUCACACGAGCACCAGGAAUAAAAUGCAAUAUGAAAUAAUGAUUAGGCCAACAUGAGCAAAGGUAAACGUCUCCGCAAUCCUUGCGCUAGUACUCACGUCAACACUGCCAUCUAGUGGUCACAACGAUAUACAACAAGAUCACGUGCUUCAGUUGUUGCUAAAAUUAUUUUUUAAUGGGUAAGUGUUAAAAUGUUAAAGUUGUGCAAUGUUGAGCGUUGAAUUAAAGGACUAGUACGGUAUAGUUAGUAUAAUAAAUCAGUGUUAACUUGCCCAUUACAUGCUCAGCAUUAUUUUGUCAGCCUUCCUUCGUCGCUCUAUUGGUGGCGACAGUGUUGCUUUUAGCGUCCUAAUUUUUUGGGAACUCCUCAUAACGCUCCAUAAUAAUUAUGUGCUUAUUUUUUGUGAAAUACGCUGACUGGGAUUGCUUCGCUUUUCAGACGAAGUAGAAUAUGACUUCAAACGCCCCCUUCCAUGUGAACGCACACUUAGCACAAAACUUCAAAAGUAGUAUGUCUGUUAAUACACUUGAUGCUCCCUUUACUGUCGUAACGGACUCACCAGUUGGUGAAGUAUGCUUCCACCCAUCUGGUAGUAAGAACAACUGUAAAAUCCGUGCUAAUAUAAUAUUCACUAAUAUAAUAAUAUAAUAUUGUUUCUGUUUCUCCUGUGAUAACUUACUGGAACAGUCGUGUUAAUAACUUGUGUUGGGGAAAAAAUCUGGUCUCUUCCUCAAAAAUUUGUUGUGGUUAACAAAGUGAAAGAAGUGUCAUUUAAAAUUAUUCACCGACGUUAUCCAGUUAAAUCCCUCUUUAUCAAAUUCAAGUAUGAUGAUUUAGAUCUGAAAUGUGCUUUUUGUGACUCCCAUACUGAGACUGUUCAUCUGUUUUGGAAGUGAGAAUAUACCCGUAAAGUGUG